AUGCGUGCACGCGUUGAUGAUCAUCGUAAACGUGGUUAUAUGGGCCAUUCAAUCAAGAUUGCCGGCGAGCCCGGCACUGAUGCCGCUCGUAUUGCAGCUUCACUUGCUGAUAGACAACUGAAGAAUGCUAACGGUGGACUCACUGUUGAAGUCGCGUUGCGUAUGCUUCGGCUGCUUCCUGAUGGACUGGACUUUGUACUUGAAGCCCCAUGUGCCACAUGGCGGGAAUAUCUUUCCCCCAGACGCAGAUCAAAUUUUCCGAUUCAUUUUGAUGAAUUUGCCACGUCGGAUGCCUCGAUCAUUCAGCUUAUCGCGGAUAAUGCUGUCGAAGGCAUCGGAAUGAAGAUCUCGAAAAACGGUGGUCUCACUAGGUGUCGUCGGCAAAGAGAUAUGUGUAUUGCAGCAGGAUACACGUUUAGCGUCCAGGACACUCUUGGCUCUGAAAUAGCCUUUGUGGCCGUUUUGCAUAUGGGACAGACGGUUCCUGAGAUAAACCUAUGUUGUGUAUUGGAGAGUCGUGAUAUGAUUACUGUUCACACGGCCGAUUGCUUGUUUGAGGCCAUUGAAGGGCGUAUCACUGCUCCCAAUGUUCCUGGUUUGGGUGUUAAGCCCCGCCUUGAUCUCUUUGGGGAUCCUGUAGCUAGUUAUUACGGAUAG